GCUGCUGCGGCGAUGGUGGCGGCCGCAGUUCGUACCUCCCUCGACGGCUCCCCCGAUGCCGUCCAGGAGGAGGUCAAGGCUAGGUUGGCUAUGGUGGAGCCAGCCCUCAAGGAGAUGGUCAAGGCUGGGCCGUCGGGGGACCCAGCCCUCAACGGCGAUAUGAAGGCUAUGCGCAACACUGGCCUGCACCUGGACAUGGGCUGCGGCGCGGACAACCUCCCGCAGGAUGGUAAGGAGACCAAGCGGAGGCAGCGCAGCGGACGCAAGAUCAAGGAGAAGGCCAACCUGCGGCUGGCGGCGGAGCCAGGCGAGUGCGAGGAGGGGCACUUCAGUGAGGCGAGCUGCACCUCCGCGGCCAACCAGCACGUUGAGCAGAAUCAGGUCGACUGCAAGCCAAGCGAGGACCCCAGCCUGGUGCAUGAGGUCAUCGACGUCUCCGUGGAGGCCUUCGUGCAGAAGGUGCCUAAGGAGGCCGACGAGGACCAACACAUCGGGGUGAAGGUCAAGAAGCCGCAGGACGACGCGGUGGAGGUCGCGACGCUGACCCUCAGCGCUGCCAAGCAGAAGAUCGAGGGCACCGCGUGCGUCGUGUUUGAGCUGGAGGCCCAGCUGGAGUCGGCCCGUGCCGUGCAUCUGGCCGCCUGUGAGGAGGCCGUCGACGCGGGCUUCGAGGCGAUCGAUUUCGGCGAGGCUGGGUCGUGA